GUAUUUUCUCUAUGGUUCUCGGUCAACUAAUCAAUUUCUUGUUUGAUUUGUCUGAUAAAGAAAUAUCUAAAAAGUGUAUUGUGUUACUUUCAAAAUGAAGUGUAUAUGUUUGUGUAAUUUAGUUAUUUGACACAAUCCCAACCGUGAAAAUGACUGACUCUGAGCACAGAACACUGAACGGAACUGCCCCUGAUGAUGGUUCAGACGAGCAACCCACCGAAACGGACGAAUCUGCUUAUAAGAAAAGCACCAAAUACGAUAGUGGAGCUAAGGAUUUGGAAAGAGUCACCGAUUAUGUAGAGGAAGAAGAAAUAUUAAACUCCAAUGACUUAAGCAGCGGACGUGUUGUAACCCGCGAUGGACCGUUCGAUCUAACAUUUAAGGCUUUACAAGUUAUUGGCAGUCGAAGAAUCGAAGAAGCUGCUGAAAAACAAAAAAAGGAGUCAGAGCUAGCAAAAAUUCAAAUAAAAAAAGAAGAUGUUGAUCUAAUCGUGAAAGAAAUGGAAAUAUCUAGGACCACAGCGGAACGGACUCUAAGAGAACAUUCGGGAGAUGUUGUUAAAGCUUUAACAGCCCUUGUAGACUAAAAGACUUUCAAAGCGCUGAUACAAUUCUGCCUAUUUCAAUUUGCCGUCCGGCCGUGGACACUCUUCUCCGUUCCUGACGGUACUCGAUUUUUUUGUUUUUUCUUUAUACUCCUGUUAUUUUGACAGGUAAUUAAUGAGCCAUUCUUUUCAAUCUCAUUAACGCUUAAAGUCCUAAGUACAGAAAUCAAAACGAUUUGUAGAGCAAACUUGUAAUAUUUGAAUUCCUUUUUGUACAGAUGCCUAAUAUAUGAUUUUGCCAAUCAUG